GCACUUAACUGGUAUGUCCAAGUCCCAGAGUCCUUUGUAGAUCUGUCCUUUAAUUCCCAGCAGCUGUACUGCCUGCACCUGCAGUACUUGGAGCACCUUCUGCGGUACCGCAUUAACUCUAAAAGACGGGAGAAAAAGUUCUACUGGCAUUUGAAGCUUGUAUUUCCUCACUGUCAUGCUGAAUACACUUUAAAAGGGGUGCCUGACGAUAAAACACUCGCUGAUAUCCUUAAGCCAUACAUUGAUCCAGUGGAGUCAGAUCCUGUAGUUUGUCAAAGAUUAAAAAUCUAUACAGUGUCUCCUCAGUCAGAUGUACGAAUUUUAAUGAAAAUAGAAAACAGGAGACAAAACUCUAUCAGGUACAAUGAACUGGAUGCCAGUAGAAGCCUCCUAGACAAUUUGAAAGGCAAAGUAAUAAUCGAGUAUCCAACGUUAUUUGUGGUCUUGAAAACACUGAAGAACGACAUGGUGGUUCUUGGCCAAGAUGCCAGUGAACCUGCAGAGGACUCGGACAGUGGAAGUUCAUCCCGUUCAUCUAUGGAAGAAGGGGAAAUUCGGGACAGUUUGUGACGGUUCUUUGAAAGAAGAGGGUGGAAUGAGCCUUUUCUUUUUUUUAUUUAAUUUAAUCUUUUUUUAUACAGCUGCGUUCUCAGAGGUUUGGUUUUGCUUCCAUCACUAAAGGCAGCACUUCCAAACUGCCUGCCUAUUUUUGGAUUUAGGAAUGCAUAUUUAGGAAUGUAAAUAAAGAGAUAGGGAAUUGCUGGUUCCAGAAAAAAACUGGUGUUUAAUUGCACCCUUUUGUCCAUGUAUCUUUUAUAAAUCACAGUAACCCAAAUUUAAAGUUUCCAAGUUAGUUUCAACAAUAUAUUUUUUUUCCUUUUACCCUAACAGCUCAGUGUCUGA